AUGCAAUCCCCAUCCUCGUCGGUAAAGAUGAAGCUCGAAAUCCUGCAGCAGUAUGCGAUGCCUGGGAAUAUCCCAUGGACGAGUCGCAAGAUCAGAAUCGUCGCAGUUCUGUGUGGGAUUCUGUGUCUACGGUUCUUUCUCGGGGCCCUCGACGUGAAGCCCCUCCAGACCCGAUUGCCUCAUGCGCUCCGGCAGCAAACCUCUCUCGACCAGGAAGGCUUUCAGUCGAUACCCAUCACCGGCUUCGUCAACACUGGGGACCUCACAAGCCGCACAUGUGAAGAUUUGAGACACGAAGGCGAGCUGCGGGUGCACAAGAGUCUGUACCUCGAAGAUGACCUGGAGCACAUUGCACGAUCGUUGGCAGGCCACCCGAUGAUCGACUAUUCCCAGCAGGAGAAGGGCUUGACAUUUCGACAAAUGGUGGCCAAGACGUGGGCCAGGCUGUCCGGGUCGAGUGUCUGGAUCGAGAAGUUCAAGGUCUAUUUGACCGUCACGAGAGUCAUCUUCUACGACAACGGCCUCCGACACAAGCCCGUCAUCAGUUUUCUGGCGGGCCAACUCCAUGACGAAAACUGGAACGAGCUGAAGAACCACACCAUCCAGUGGCAGAGCGAAGAGAUCAAAUUCCCCACCGUGUUCAACAUCCCCGCCCCGUUCAAGCAGGGCGACCGCUACUUUGGGCCAGAAGACCCUCGUGUGAUUCUCGAAGAGGGAGUCGAAGAUGCGGAGCCCAUCGUGACCUUCAACAUGCUGUACGACUUGAAGACCGGAGAUCGGGCUAUGUACAUCUUCCGGCCCUUUUCUAACGACACGACCGUCUUGACCAUCACGGGCCAGACGGAGAGGGCGCACGCCGAAAAGAACUGGGCUCCCUUCUUCAUCAACGAGCACGAGCCCAUCUCGCCGGGACACUAUAAGUGGCCCAGCCACUACAUCCAUUUCAUCUACGACUUCAACCCGCUGCGGGUGCUCAAAUGCCACACCCUCAACGGAUGGUGCCAUUUCGUGUACGAGCAGAAAGUGCCCGACGAGCUGAGAGGUUCUGGCCUCAGCGCGAACGGGCGCAUGACGGGCGGAACCAACAUGGUGCCCUUGCAGCUGGAAACACAUUCCGACCUCAACGCCUGGGUCGGGUUUCCCCGGUCCCACAUCAACAUCGGGUGCACCGACGACCUGGCCAUGUACCGGCCCGAGUUGAUGAUCAUGACGGCGCACGGCGACCACUUCUACCUCAGCUUCAUGUCGGGCCCGAUCGACUUCGGCACGGCCGCCAUGUCGCCCGAAGCCAUCAACGACCCGUGCGGCGAGGGCAAGAUCGUGAUCGCUAACAGCAUCGCGAAGUGGGACCGGCGGCCUAAGCACGACGUCCUGACGCUGACGCUCUCGGUCGCCGACUCGACCGUGCAGAUCAUGCAGCUGGCGAGUCUCUCCAAGUUCGUGAGCCAGCUGCCCCAUGUCGCCCACCUGGACGGCGCCUUUCUGGGUGGCAUGUCCAGCCGGAACAAGACCGAGUGGGAUCUACGGUACACGGCCGUGAGCAAAGACGUCUUGGACUGUACGAUGGAGGUCGCCUCGUACUACUCGGAAAUUAUCGCCGCGCCUUUCAAGGGCCUGUCCAAGGAAGAGCUCUCCUACGAAAAUGGAAGGUGGGAUUGGAAGGCCGGAGCGGUCCUAUGA